GGCCCAGUGUGUCGCAGGCGCAGCGGGAGAGCUUCGGCCCCGCAAACCACCGGGUGAUCUGGGGUCUGGGGAGGCGUGGGGGCGGUCCCGCAGUGGGGACCGCGGCUUUUCCCCUGCCGGCUGCUCAUGGGGGCUGCGCCUUCCUGCCUCCUGACGCCGAGGUUCUAAGGUCCUGCCCAAGCACAGUCUCGGGGACCCUCGCCUAUGGUAAAGAGUACCGGGAAAACUAGGGGUUUGGAGUACUUGGACAUUUGCAAAAGCCGAAGAAAUCCAGGCGGCCCCCGCGACCCUUAUUUCCACCCGGGAGGAAGGACACCAGGAAGCGCGGAGCGCGAGAUGGGGCGCCCUCCAGCGGUUCUGUUAGGUCGCCGGACUUCUCCGCUCUCCUCCCGCACAAUUGAAGGGUUCAGUCCGGCUUGAUCUCUGCGACAGGAAUCCCAGGUCGGAGGCACUGCAACAGGUAACGUGAAAGAGGCCUUGCUGGUGACAUUACUGACCAAAUGGAAAAAGAUGCUUUCUAAGCUCCUUGAACGGCUCAGCCAGGGCGAUUUCUGUUCCCAGCUAACAUCAAGUGUCCUUUGGAAAUAAUAAAGGAACUUGGUAACGAGAAGAGAGAGAGCGAGUGUACUUGCAUAAGGAUUGCCAUAUAGAGCAAUGAAAUAGAACUGAGAAUCCAGAAAUAAACUCUCACAGUACAGUCAAUUGAAUUACAAGAGUGAGGAAACAAUUCAAUGAGGAAAGAAUAGACUUUUCAACAAAUUGAUAUCCACAUGCAAAAGAAUGAACUUGGACCUAUAAUUAACUCAAAUGGAUCAACGACCUAAAUAGAGACCUUGAAAGGAGAUUGUGGCCUCAUCACUGGAAUAAGACUCAUGACUUUGAGGCUGUGCCAUUCUGUUCAGAGGAGGAGCCACUGGGAGGAAAGGGUUCGAUAAGAACAGAGCACGAUGCUCAACCCAUGAUGGAAAGGACUUCUGUGGACCACCCAGCAGAGCUGGGCCCCUCUCAGCUUCCCUGCCAUGUGGAGCCAACACGCCUGCUGAGGAGGCCCAACCUAGGACGGGGGUGAGACGAGGCUUGGCAGAGGUGGCCAAGUGAAAGGUGAUUUGGACACGCUGGGCAUGGCUAUUUAGUGUUUGUCUGUGGUAACCAUUUCAUGCCCUGAAUCCUGCACCUUCCCUUCUGUGCCUGUGAGCUCUACUGCGCUUCCUUCCUAGCCAGAGAGUUCUUCUGUGGUGGUGAGGCCUUCCUGGCCCCUUGAUCCUGGCCGGCCAUGGGGAGCACCCUGGGCUGCCACCGCUCCAUCCCCCGGGACCCCUCGGACCUGUCCCAUAGCCGCAAGUUCAGCGCGGCCUGCAACUUCAGCAACAUCCUGGUGAAUCAGGAGCGGCUCAACAUCAACACGGCCACGGAGGAGGAGCUGAUGACCCUGCCUGGGGUGACACGUGCGGUGGCACGCAGCAUCGUGGAGUACCGCGAGUACAUCGGUGGCUUCAAGAAGGUGGAGGACCUGGCACUGGUCAGUGGCGUGGGUGCCACCAAGCUGGAGCAGGUCAAGUUUGAGAUCUGCGUGAGCAGCAAGGGCAGCUCGGCGCAGCACUCUCCCAGCUCCCUGAGGCGGGACCUGCUGGCGGAGCAGCAGCCUCACCACCUGGCCACCGCCGUGCCUCUCACCCCGCGCGUCAACAUCAACACAGCCACCCCGGCUCAGCUCAUGAGCGUGCGCGGCCUCACGGAGAAGAUGGCCGUCAGCAUCGUGGACUACCGCCGCGAGCACGGGCCCUUCCGAAGCGUCGAGGACCUGGUAAGGAUGGGCGGGGUCAGUGCCGCCUUCCUGGACAGGAUACGGCACCAGGUGUUUGCCGAGAGGUCCAGGCCCCCGUCCACCCACACCAACGGGGGCCUGACCUUCACCGCCAAGCCUCACCCCAGCCCCACCUCGCUGAGCUUGCAGAGUGAGGACCUGGACCUGCCCCCAGGGGGGCCUACACAGAUCAUCUCCACUCGGCCUUCGGUGGAGGCCUUCGGAGGCACAAGGGAUGGGCGGCCCGUGCUGAGGCUGGCCACCUGGAACUUGCAGGGCUGUUCAGUGGAGAAGGCCAACAACCCUGGGGUGCGAGAGGUGGUGUGCAUGACGCUCCUGGAAAACAGCAUCAAGCUGCUAGCUGUGCAAGAACUACUUGACAGAGAGGCCCUGGAAAAGUUCUGUACGGAGCUAAACCAGCCAAUCCUGCCCAACAUCCGCAAGUGGAAGGGGCCCCGAGGAUGCUGGAAGGCCGUUGUUUCGGAGAAGCCCACGACUCAGCUCCAGAAGGGCGCUGGGUUUGCAGGGUUCCUGUGGGACACCGCGGCUGGGGUGGAACUGAGAGAUGCCACCUGGCAGGAGAGCUCGCCUGGCAAUGGGCACGGGAAGCCCACAGGCCCCAGCCCGUACCUCGUGAGGUUCAAGGUGGGAAGUCAUGACUUGACCCUGGUGAACCUUCACCUGGCAGCCCUGACCCUCCCAGGGGGUGAGAACCCCAGCAAGAGUCACAGUGACAGCCACUGCUGGGCUAGCUUCGUGCAGACCUUGCAGGAAACCCUGAAAGGCGAAAAAGAGGUGAUCGUUUUAGGAGAUUUCGGCCAGGGGCCAGACAGCAGUGACUAUGAUAUCUUGAGGAAAGAAAAAUUCCACCACCUGGUCCCCGCACACACCUUUACCAACAUCAGCACCAAGAAUCCUCAAGGCUCGAAGACUCUGGACAACAUCUGGAUCAGUAAAAGCUUAAAGAAGGUUUUCACAGGCCACUGGGCUGUACUGAGAGAAGGCCUCACGAACCCUUGGAUUCCAGAUAACUGGUCCUGGGGCGGAGUGGCUUCUGAACACUGCCCCGUGCUCGGCGAGUUUUACACGGAGAAGGACUGGAACAGGAAGGAAGGCCCUCGGAAUGGCAACGGGGUCACCCUGGAGCGAAGUGAAGCCAACAUUAAGCACGAGCGAUGAUGACAGCAAAUCAGUUUUCCACCCCCUGACCCCGGAGGCGACGAGUUUGCCCUUCCUGGUGAAGAUGCAGAUCCCAAACUGCCUGCCCUUUCGUCCUCGUUCUGACAGCGCCAGCGCCCGGGCCUUGACCCGCCUGCCUUCCUUGCAGAUGCUUUUGGACUCUCAUGGGGGAGGGAGCACGUCGGGCCCUCAAGGUGCUGGAUGGUCAAAUCAGAAGCCCAUGGAGAACUGGAAAGCCUCUGACCUGCGGAUGCUGCCAACCUCAGCCGCUGCCCUGGGCUGGCCACCCCGCUGCUUGGACCUCAGCUCGAAGGGAACAGCAGUGGAGGCUGCAGGCAGAGACGGAGACCUGCCCGGGCGACGCCGGGGGCUCCCGUUUCUGACCACCAGUCUGCGAUGUGCUGGCUGCAAAUUCCAUGAAGCUUUUAAAUUGAGCACUCUCCUCAAAUGUUUUGAGUGAUGAUUUUUAGUUUUGUUUUGAAAAAAUAAACAGAGAUGAACCUG